UUUUCAGUUUUAUUUGGAUUAAUUGAAUUGUGGCUCGCAAUUUAAAGUUAAAAGCUUGAAUUAUUUUAUAUUUUUGAGCUGAAUUUCUUAAAAAUUAUCAAAUUAUCGUUGAAUAUUUUGUAGCUUACGUAAAUUCAAUCUUUUAACUAGUUCUUCUGUUUGAAAUGAGCGGUUAAAUGUUUGCAGAUUCAAUGUUUUGAAGUUGCAUGUUGAUCAUGUUUUAACCUUUAAAAGUAUUUAUUUAUCAUGUGUUAAUUCAAUCUUGAUGGAAAACCUUCUUAAUCUACUCAAUUUAGCUUUCAAUUAUGGUUCAUAAUUUUUUAAAAUUAUUCAAAUUCCAUUCAUUUGUAUUAAGAAGAUCUCAUUCUUUCAAAGCUGUCAACUUAACCAACAAAAAGCUGAUCUUGGUGAGAGGUGAACAUUGUUACCGAUUUUUACAAGGAUUAAUUACAAAUGAUGUUAGACAUUUGUAUCCUAAUCAAACAACCAGUGUUCAUCUAUCAUGUAUAUAUACACUUUUCUUGCAUCCUAAUGGUCGAGUAUUUUUAGAUGCAUUUAUUUAUGACAAUCAUGUAGGUAAAAAUGAUGGUGAUAACAGUAAUGAAAAUUUGCAAGAAGAAAGUGAAGAUUCCAGUGAACCAAAGAUAGCUUCUGCCGAUGAGCAAUUAUUAAUUGAAGUGGAUAAUUCAAUAAGUGAUAAGCUCUUUCGACAUCUUAAACUACAUAAAUUGAAAAGUAAAGUUAACAUUAAUUAUCCUGAUGAUAGGUACAAUGUGUGGUCUUUAUAUCCUGGUGAAAUGGUGGACGAUCAAGCAAUAUUUCCCAAAAUAGAUCAUUCAAAGAGCUCCAACUGCCUAAUAACCGUUGAUCCCAGAAUUAAAAACCACUACAGAUGUUUGAUUGACAAAAAUUGUGAUAAGAAGGAAAUUUUAACCCAACUGGAAAAAAAGUAUAACUUUCCAUUCAUCGAAUCAACUAUUGAAGACUACACAAAAUAUCGAUACGAAUCUGGCAUAGGUGAAGGUGCAACCGAUCAUCCCGAUGGAAAUUGUCUUCCUCAUGAAUGUAAUGGUGAUUUUCUGCAUGGAAUUAGUUUUCACAAAGGAUGUUACAUAGGACAAGAAUUAACUGCUAGAGUUCACCAUACCGGAGUAGUAAGAAAGAGAUUGUUGCCCAUUCGUUUAAUCAACACCGAUAGUCAAGAAAAUCUACAAAAUCAUGCAAAUUGUGAUAUUGUCAGCAAAAAUGAUGGAGCAAGAUUGGGUAAAUUAAGAGCUGGCCGUGGACAUCUUGGAUUAGGACUUAUGUAUGUUGAGAAUACAAUUUUAAAGGGUCAAACAACCGGUUACAUCAAAACCAGUGAUAAUUUAAUCAAAGUUGAAACUUUCAAGCCUUUUUGGUGGCCCAAUGAAGUCAAAUUGUUUAAUAAAUGAAUCAACAAAAUAUCAAGAAAGUGUAACUUUCAUUUCAUCACCGUCAUCAACACAUGAAAAAUUAGAUUGGAAUACCCACGCCAAAGGGACAAAAAUGGCUUAUUUUGUAAACAAACACAGACGACAGUAAAAUUUCAAGUACUAAAAGAUAUUGGUGUUGAUAAAAGUUCAACGAUGCAGUAAAAAGCAAGAAUUAUAAAUAGAUUCAAUAUGUAAUGCCCUGGAGUUAAUUAAAUUGCAAGUUGCUAAACAAGAUUUACGUACAGGGUGACGUUCCUUCAACGUCACUGAGCCAUCGAUUAAGCUAGGCAUUCAUUCAUUAACUUAAUAACUCAAAAGAUACAUCUUUUGUUUGUUAUUACCUGAAAUUUCUCAAUUGUGCUGGUUAACGUCAAAUUUUCCGCAACUUUUAGUGUUUACAGAUUCAUUGUUAACAACAAUUUUUAAGCAAGUGUCAUUAAUUGUCCGCUGUUAAUGAUUCAAUGUUGAAAUUUGUCAAAAAUAUAAAUUUACAAUUGGCUGUAAUAGCAAUCAUUUGGUUCCUAAUAAAUUACAGUAUUUUAACAACUCUUAA